AUGGACGAUCACCCUCGUCAGGUGCUGCCGCACUGCGCGGCGGGGCGAGGCGUCGUGACCGUUCGCGCGGACCACGACGUCGAGACGGCGACCGCGUCCGCGGCGAGGAAGGCGAUGCCGAGGUGGACGACGCUGUUCGCGAAGCAUCAGACCCCGGGGAAGCUCGCGUUUGUGACCGGGGUCGGGCUGGGCGGAGACGCGGACGCGGCGGCGGCGGCGGCGGCGGUCGACGACGACGCGGACGCGUAG